AUGUCGACAAAGCUCAUUUUCCUCAUGGGUGCUCCCACGCCGCAGAGCCUCUGUUGGGACGAGGAUGGGUUGCUCGAUAACCCUAUAUUUCCAUUUUCUGGGCCGAAUGGUGAAGACCAAUUGAAUCAGCCUGUUUCAGAAACCCAUGCUGUCAAAUGGAGAUUGUUACAGGAUUUGAAAGUUCAAGAGCAAGAACGAGCGAGCGUUUGCUCCGAACCAGGCAGGCAUGCUAUAUUUUUGAACACCCAAGAUCUCACGCCCCUAGAUGGUGUAUCAUCAAUUUCACCAGAUGACUCGUCCAUCCCUGAGUUCUACGACCAUUCCUUUGCAGUACACGAGACGUCCGAGAUCUCUUUACCUGGAGCGCAUCUGGGAGACUCUAUGCAGGAGAGUGGUUUAGCGACGGAUAGUACAGGAACAUCCGUCGUGUCGUCCAGUGACAGAGAAGCGCCAGAAGUUGGUUCCCUAGCAAUUCAAGGGGGUCUCAAUGACCUGAGGGAUAUCCCCAGCGCCACAUAUCUACAAUCGAUUGGGCCUCAGACAAUGACAGUAAACCUGAUUGUGGGAAUCAUUGCAAUUCAUCCUCCACGCCGCAUAGUUACUCGGCAGUGGAAAAGGGAGCUGGACCUCGUGGAAAUGGUGGUGGGCGACGAGACCAGAACGGGAUUCGGCGUUACCUUCUGGCUGCCUCUGGGAGACGAAACAAAUGCUACUGGCCGAUGUGACCUGGAGACUGAGAAGCUUCGAACGUCAUUGUCUAGUCUCCGACCUCGAGACAUUGUUCUCCUGCGCAUGGUAGGAUUGAGCUCGUUCCGAGAACGGGUAUAUGGGCAGAGUGUGGGCAGGGGGGCGACAAAAGUCGACUUGUUGCACCGCCAGCGGAUCGACGCAACAGACGCAGGAGGUAUCUACAGCACAAGGCGUCUGCAAACCUUCAGAGAUGAUGAAACCAAGCCUGGCGAUCUGCCAUUACUGAUGAAGGUGUGCAAAGUGCGGGAGUGGAUCCGUCUGUUUGUGGACCGUGCACCGGAUCUAGUAGGCGGUGGGCCACGUACGUCAACGAAACAUGGCCAGCCUUUGCCUCCAGACACACAGGAGUAA